GCAACAACAAAAUUCCAACGCAACGCUAACGAAUUGUGCAAAAAAGUUCUAAAAUUAGAGUUAAAGUGUAAAACAAAAGAAAAAAAAACGCGUUGUUUAUUAAAUCGUUUUUCCGCAGUACGGUGUGACUAGUGCCAGAGCUUAUCUUAUCUGAGUGUGUGCGUUAAACACAUCAAACCAGUGCGUUUUUUCGCGUCCCUUUCCCUCCCCUUUUCUUCUUCUUCCUCUUCUAUAACUGUGUCAAAUCAACAACAACAACAAGAAAAUCUAGAACAAUGUUUGUGUGUGUGUAUUAAAUGCACAAAUUGAUAAGAAAUUUGAUUCAAUUUAAUCUAGUUUAAAUCAGUUGAAAAUCAGUGCAGGCGUCAGCCAAAAAUACAUUAUAAAUAUAAAAUUACUAAUCCAUAUAAAUAGAAUACCCUUGAAUGGAAUUGUGUGAGCCUAAUUUAUUCGACAACGUUUUUGGUUCCCCAUUUUUUGAAAUUAUAACGAAGUUAUCUAUCGAAAGCAACAACAAAAAGCGGUUUCUGUUUGUUUUUCAAGCUCAACGAAAAAAAGAAGAAAAGAAAUCGGCUUCCAAUCAGCUGUUACAAACAGCCGCAUAAGUGCGAGUGAGACAGUCUGCCUGCGCGCCAAAAUAAAACAACAACAAAAGUGGCACCGUGGUUCGAAACCUAGCUAAAUUCUAUAAAUCAAUUUAUUUUAUAGAUAAACGAAAAAGGAAUUUAAAUUAAAUUUACCUAGAUUUGUUAAGUUUUUUAAAUCGUUUACAUUUAAUACGCGUGUGUCUAAAAUAAGUGAAAAUUAAAAGAAAUAGUGAAAAAUGAGUGAUGAAACAAGCGAUUCGGGCGGGCCAAGCGCCCCUCUACCAUCGCCAGUUACUGCGGAUCCGGAACCAGGAGUUACGGCCUCCAAACUACCGGGUCCAACCCGAUCCAAUAUUCCCACGCCCGCUUCAUCCGGAUCUGGAAUUCCCACGCCCGCUGUCUCAGGAUCAGGGAUUCCCACGCCCGCUGCCCCAGGAACCGGAAUCCCACAGCCCAGCAAAAUGAAGGCACCAUCUAAUUUUGGGUCGACAGGAUCUGUCUCCAAAAUCGGAAGACCCUGCUGCAAUCACACAACCCCUAAAUCGGGGCCACCACCAAGAGACACAGCAAGCAUGAGUCGUGAAAGCGAUGACAAUUUAAGUUCGAUCAAUUCGGCUUAUACAGAUCUCUAUCAAGAGACUGUCAGGCGCUUUACGCGAUCUUCGCUCUCACCCACAUCCGAUUGGGACCGCUUUUCGCCCGCUCGACGAUCGCUAAAAUCGGAGGCUGGAAGUCGCACAUCUUAUGAUUAUUAUCUAGAGGCCACUGGGCGACGUCGCAGCUCAGAUCACAACAGCACCGUGCUGACAGCGAACACAGAGCAGUUCAUCAUUGGCCAGCGGGUUUGGCUCGGUGGCCUUCGUCCCGGACAGAUUGCCUACAUCGGAGAGACACACUUUGCACCCGGCGAAUGGGCGGGCGUUGUCCUGGAUGAUCCUAAUGGUAAAAACGAUGGCUGUGUGUCGGGCAAAAGAUACUUCCAGUGCGAGCCGAAACGCGGCAUUUUCUCACGCCUCACACGUCUUACCACAUAUCCGAUGUCCGGAGCCCAGACGCCGACUUCGCCGUUGGCCAAAAACUCACCGGACAGAUCGCGCACAGUCUCCCCAACUGCGAGUAUUCGCAGCUCUAUGCUCCGCAGUCCCGGCAUUGGAGGCAAAAACGGCAUGGCUGUGGGCGAUCGUGUGAUUGUCUCCUCUGGAUUUGGCAGUCGUCCGGGUAUUUUACGCUAUUUGGGCGAGACACAAUUCGCUCCUGGCAAUUGGUGCGGCGUGGAAUUGGAUGAGCCAAGCGGCAAGAACGAUGGUGCUGUGGAUGAUAUAAGAUACUUCGAGUGCAAACCCAAAUACGGAGUGUUUGUACCCAUAGCGAAGGUUUCGCUGUCGCCGUCGUCGAAAAAAACGCGACUAUCGAGGACUGGAUCGCGGGAGUCCCUCACCUCGAUCGGCACCAUGAACAGCAUCGCCACCACGGCCACGUCGCGCAUGCGCAUGAAUGCUCAGCAGCGCAAGUCGAUCACGCCAGUAAAGCCAAUUAUAACGUCGCCGAAAAGCCAAUUUUCCAUGCAGGAUCUGCUGCGCGAGAAGCAACAACAUGUGGAGCAGCUGAUGGUGGAGCGCGAUUUGGACCGCGAGGAUGCCCAGAAUCAGGCGCUGCAGCUGCAGAAGAGCAUCAACGAGCUGAAGGCAAGAAUUGUUGAAUUGGAGUCGGCUUUGGGAGAUGAACGAAAGAAAUCGGAAGAGUUGCAAUUCUCCGUAGACGAGGCCCAGUUUUGUGGCGAUGAAAUGAAUGCUCAAUCGCAGGUUUACAAGGAAAAGAUCCACGAUCUGGAGUCAAAAAUUACACAACUGGUAUCCGCCACACCAAGUUUGCAAAGCAUACCACCACCUGCCCCGCCCCCAGAUGAUAGCGCCCUUAAGGAAGAGAUUGCCCAACUGCAGGAAAAGCUUAAUAUUCAGCAAAAAGAGACUGAAUCCCGGAUUGCCGAGCAGGUGGAGGAGGAGCAGCGGUUGAGGGAGAAUGUGAAGUACCUGCAGGAGCAGAAUGCCAUUCUUCAGUCUGAACUCGUGUCCAAGGAUGAGUCCUUGGAGAAAUUCUCCCUCUCGGAGUGUGGGAUUGAGAAUCUUCGCCGGGAACUGGCACUCCUCAAAGAGGAGAACGAAAAGCAAGCUGAGGAGGCUGAAGCAAAUUUCUCACGAAAGCUUGCCGAAAAAUCAGAAGAGCUGAAAAACGUCACCGCCGAAUUGCAGAGUCUUAAAGCAGCCUCCGAUUCUCUGGAAAGCGAAAGGGUAAAUAAAACCGAUGAAUGCGAGAUUCUUCAGACUGAAGUCCGAAUGCGGGAUGACCAAAUCAAAGAAAUAAGUCAACAGCUCGAUGAGCUUACCACCCAACUUAAUGUACAAAAAGCUGAUAGUUCGGCCCUAGAUGAAAUGCUUCGGUUGCAAAAAACGGAAAGUGAAGAAAAAUCUACUCUUUUGAAAAAUAACGUGAAUGAGCUAAAUCAAUUUAAAGAAAAUGCUGCUAAAAAUCAGCAGGAAAAAGAGAAACUUGAAAAGCGAUUAACAGAAAUAAAUAAAUUGGCGGAACAACAAAAACUAGUCAUGGAAAAGGCUGAACAAGAAAUCAGUCAAAUUAAAUUAGAGAAGUUAUCGGUAGAGCAGGAAUUGGCUUUAAAACAAACUGAAUUGGAAAACUUCCAAAAGAAACAGUCUGAAACAGAAAAAUACCUUCAGGAAAACAAGGAUCAAAAUAGCCAAAAGGAUAUAUUAUUAAUUGAAUCCAGUGAAUCCGUUCAAAAACUGAAACAGAAACUAGAGGAGAAAGAUCAAGCCCAUGAAAAACUUUUAAAUGAUCUGGAAGAACUGAAAAUAGAUCAGGAAAGGAUUUUAAACCAAAAGGGGCAGGAACUCCAGCAACUCCAAGCUAAGUCAAGUGAAACCGAAGGAGCUCUAAAGUCCACCCAAAACCAAUUAGAGCAACUUCAACAACAAGCAGCCGCAUCUGGAGAAGAGGGAUCCAAGAACUUGGCCAAAUUGCAGGAGGAAAUUAGUCAGCUUAAGUCCCAGGCUGAAAAAACUCAAUCAGAUUUAAAGUCUAGCCAAUCCGAUGUGGAAGCCAAGGCCAAACAAUUGGAGUCAGCAAAUGGUAGCCUAGAGGAGGAAGCCAAAAAGUUGGCCAAUCUGCAGGAACAGAUCGCCAAACUUAAGUCCCAAGUGGAAGAGACGGAGUCAGCUCUCAGCUCAAGUCAUACGGAUGUGGAAUCCAAAUCGAAGCAACUUGAGGCAGCCAAUGCAGCUCUGGAAAAGGUUAACAAGGACUAUGCGGAGACCCGAGCGGAGGCUUCUCGCCUACAAGAUCAGGUGAAGGAGAUCACCGAUACCUUACAUGCUGAACUCCUAGCAGAGCGAUCCUCUUCCAGCGACCUUCACACCAAACUCUCCAAGUUCUCGGAGGAAUUAGCCACGGGUCAAAAGGAACUAACCAGCAAAGCCGAUGAGUGGAGCCAGGAGAUGCUUCAGAAGGAGAAAGAAAUACAGGAGCUUCGACAGCAGCUGCAUGAUAGUCAAGAUUCGCAAACAAAAUUGAAAGCAGAGGGAGAAAGAAAGGAGAAGUCUCUGGAAGAAUCUAUCAAGAGUCUCCGGGAAGAAAUUACUAAGGCAAAGGCGGAUAAUCAAGAGCUAAGCAGCGGCACUCAGGAAACUAUUAAAGAUCUGCAGGAGCGUUUGGAAAUCUCCAAUGCCGAGAUCCAGCACAAAGAGAAAAUGUCUGCCGAAGAUGCCCAGAAGAUAGCCGACCUUAAGACCCUUGUAGAAGCCAUCCAGGUGGCUAAUGCCAACAUAUCAGCCACCAAUGCAGAGCUAUCCACCGUGUUGGAAGUCCUUCAAGCGGAGAAAACCGAAACAAAUCACAUAUUUGAGCUUUUUGAAAUGGAAGCGGAUAUGAACUCUGAGCGGUUGAUUGAAAUACUCACUGGGAUGAAGGAGGAGUUGAAGGCAACUCAUCUUCAACUGGAUGAGCGACAGAAAAAGUUCAAGGAGUUGGAGGUGAAAUUGGAGCAGACCCAGCAGAGUGAGCAGAAUUUCCAGCAAGAAUCCUUGAGUUUCAAAGAGCAACUAAAGGAACUACAACAGUCAUUGGAAGAACUUAAACAUUCUCUGAAGCAAAAAGAGGAAAUUGUGCUGGAUUUAGAGGGUAAACUAAAGGAAACCAGUUCCAUAAUUGAAGGUCAAAGUACUUCAUCCCAGGAAGUACAAAUAAAACUAGAAGAAGCUCAAAGAAAUGAAAAGAAUUUACAAGAAGAAGGUGCCAAACUGAAUGAGCAACUACAAGAGCUACAAAAGACCCAGUCGGAACUUUCGGAAUCCCUCAAGAAAAAAGAAGAACUUGUACAGAACUUAGAGGAUAAAUUAAAAGAAAGCAAUAGUCACCUAGAAACCCAAAAUUCUCUGUCAAAGGAAACCCAAGUUAAAUUGGAGGAGACCGAACAGAGGGAGAAGUCCCUGCAGGCGGAGGCUGCCAAACUAUCCAGUGAGCUUCAACAAGUGCAACAGGCCAAUGGAGAAGUUAAGGAUUCCCUAGUAAAAGUAGAAGGAUUGGUAAAGGUUUUCGAGGAAAAACUCGAAGCAGCCAAUUCUCAUUUGGAAAUUCAACAGGCCACAAACAAAGAACUGCAGGAUUUGCUGCUUAAGUCUCAGGAGAGCGAGGGAAACCUACAAGGAGAAUCUCAGGCAGUUACCGAGCAACUACGUCAACUGGAACAAGCCAAUGGGGAACUUCACGAGUCAAUGUCUAAAAAAGAAGAAAGCUUUAAAAGCCUUGAAGCUAAACUUCAGGAAAGUAAUUCUCUACUGGAAGAGCGAAAGAAAAGCUACAACGAACUCCAGGACAAACUGGAACAGGCCCAGCAAAAAGAGAGGAAUCUACAAGAGGAGUCCUUCAAGUUAUCUGAGCAAUUGAGCCAACUAAAGCAGGCUAAUGAGGAGCUGCAAAAGUCCCUUCAACAGAAGCAAUCACUUUUAGAAAAAGGCAACGAAUUCGACACACAGCUGGCGGAGUACCAGAAAGUCAUCGAUGAAAUGGAUGAUUCGGCCUCCGUGAAGUCCAAGCUGCUGGAACAGCUUCAAAAUCGAGUUGUGGAACUGGAGGCUGCACUCCACCAGGCCAACGAAGCCCAAAAGACUGCUAAUCUUGAGACCAAGGAACUGAGGCGCAAGCUGGAAUCGCUUGAAAUGGAGAAAUCGAAGGAGAUUUUGAUUCUCAAGACGCAAAUGAAUGGAGCUGGCAGCCGGUCAGGAAAGGGAGAUGAACUAGAGACACUGGACACCGAGACAAGUCUAGCCAAGAUCAACUUUCUCAACUCAAUCAUUGCAGACAUGCAGCAAAAGAAUGAUGCACUCAAGGCCAAAGUGCAGACCCUGGAAACCUUGCCAAUGGACUUCACGAAACCCCAUGCCUUUGAUGUGCUGACCAAGCGAAAACCGGCUCCCAGACUUUUCUGCGACAUUUGCGAUGAGUUUGACAAGCACGAGACGGAGGACUGUCCAAUCCAGGCUAGCGAGGAUCGUGAUUACUCACCGCCACCGUCCGAGGCCAAUAAUAACGAGAAGGAACGCAAGUUGCCAGCGCCCAGGAAAUACUGCGAUUCUUGCGAGGUUUUUGGCCACGAUACGAGCGAAUGCGCCGAUGAUGAAACCUAUUAGCUCUAGAUAAAUUCUAAAUUAUUUUUCCAUUUUACUUUGUUUUGACUCUUUAGCAUAACCGCAUUGCGAGAUAUAUCGGAUGAGAUAACUUGUACCUCAGCAGAGCUUCACUCAAUCACAAAAACAACAUUCUCUAUUUCAAAUCGUGAUCAUCUUGCGUUAUGCACACAUUCAUGGAAAAUAGUCUAUUUUAAAUUGUUUUUAUUUAUUUAAUGCGAUUCGUGGCAAACACAAUCGGUUGUUUUCGUAAUUUUUGAAUGUAAACAUAGUGUAAAAAUAAAAAAUAAGAAUGUGGAAGAA